GCAGGAAGUUUUAGAGCAAACAACAUGGUGGCGGCUUCAACUCUGUGGAUGCUGCUGAUGUGUACGGUCCUCUCUGGCCGAGGCCUGAAAGCUCAGGGCUGUGGAGUGGCACCUCUAAACACGAAGAUCGUGGGCGGUGGUGGCGCGACUGCCGGGUCGUGGCCUUGGCAGGUCAGCAUCCACCGGAGGUCGAGCCACGUGUGUGGAGGGACGCUCAUCAACAGCCAGUGGGUUCUCACAGCGGCCCACUGCAUCUUGACGAACACACUGAGUGAGUGGACCCUCUACUUCGGGAGACAGACCCAGGCUGGGCCCAAUGAUAACGAGGUUUCACGCCAGGUGAGCCAGAUCAUCGUCCAUCCAAACUACAACAACACGCUCUUCAACAACGACCUCGCCUUGAUGAAACUCAGCAGCUCGGUCACUUUCAACAACUUCAUCCAACCCAUCUGCCUCGCCAGCAACCUCAGCCAGUUCUUCAAUGCCACUUCAUGCUGGAUCACCGGCUGGGGAAGACUAUUGAGCAAUGUGUCCUUGCCAGCGACCUCUAAUCUACAGGAAGUUGAGAUUCCUGUCAUUGGAAACAAUCAGUGCGCCUGUAGUUACAGAAAUACAGACGCAACCAUCACGAACAAAAUGAUGUGCGCCGGGCAAGAGAACAAAGGAGCAUGUCAGGGAGACUCCGGUGGACCUCUGCAAUGCAAGCAGGACUCCAGGUGGAUCCAGGCCGGAAUCACAAGCUUUGGGAUCCCCUGUGCCACUGCAGGUUUUCCUGAGGUCUACGCUCGAGUGUCUCAGUUUCAGGCGUGGAUCACAGAGCAGAUCGCUGGGACCACAGCGGACUUCGUGACGUUCAGCUCUAACGGCACUGACGCAGACGCCAGCUUUACGUGUCGCAACUCAGGCGAUCUUUCCACUCAGUUCUCUUUUGUCCUCCUUCUGACCGUGAUGCUGCAGUUAUUCAUUACUCAAUGAAAUUCUUUGAGUAAGUUGGAAUUUUCAAAGUUAUUUAUUCAUGCUAAAUGCAGAAAAAUGUCUUUUUUAAAUUCAGAAGUUUAAUGAAAUUUGGAAAGCCUGAGAGAUAAAUGUAUUUUAAACAGCCGGUGCAGUGCAAGUGAUUGAGCACUAAUGCAGGAAGACUGAAUGCUGCACGUCAGUGAUGAAGCAAUCUGCUGGGUUUCCUUACAGUUGAUCAGACUAAUCUGACUUGAACAUGAUGCACUGGUUGGUAACUGGGAACAGUCACAAUGACGGCAUAAUUGGACUGACGUGACUAUUUUUGUACAAUUAAGUUGUGAACCGAAGUUAUUUGAAUCUUAAUAAAACAAUCUAGAAAAAAUU